AUGAUUGGCGCUUUGCAGACGCUGCGGAUUGUUGACACCGUCGUGGUGGACCGUCUGCGGUGGUGGCGCAACCAAGGUGACGCUUCGGCCGCAGCACACGCACGGUGUUCGUUGCAGCAUGGAUCCACGCCUGCACGGACGCCGGCAUCUUCGGCAGCAAACGCAGAAGCGCCAGCCGCAUCAGCUGCGGUCGCAGCAACGACGACGUCUGCAACGCCAUCAGCGACAAGGCGGCGGGCGCAUUCGGCGCCGUUGCGCGACGUCUCGUCCUGCCGCAGCCGCGAACGGCUACUGAUGCCCCCUCGCGCCGCUGUUGAACUGCGCCACCCACAGCUGUUGAUCUUUCUGCGGGGAGAGGCGACCGCGGAGCGCCGCGACGCGGUGCAAAUGGCGCUGCGUGAGGUGGAGGGCGCUGUGUCUAUUGUUCGGCUGCCUCCAGCGGAGCGAGAUUUCUAUAGCGCACAGCUGCUCCCACGCGAUGUCGGUGUAAAACGUGACUUCUUGUUGAGUAAGCAGCAGCCACGACGACGGGCGGCGUCGACUCCGGCCCUUCCAGCCGUCACACUCGACUUGUGUUACACCAAGGGUAGGACAGGCGUGGGUAAUCGUAGCAUGCCGAAGAGUCUCUUGCCCAACAACCACGAGAGCAGUAACAACAGCCACAUCAACAAGGGUGUAGGGGUGCUGCCGCCUCUCUUGAGACCCACCCAUCAGUGCAGGAAGGUUAGUUGCCUGCAGGACUCGUAUGUUUUUCACCCAGAUGCAGACUUCAUCGGAAAUGGAGCAUUUUCGCGUGUCUUCCGCGCCAUACCGCUUUUUCGAGGGUCCUCAAAUAAGGCUUUUGUUGCAAUCAAGAUCAUUCCGCGGCGCCGGUGGAAAAAGAACUACCCAUGUAUCUCUCACAGACAGUUGGCCAGUAAGAGAAAGGAUAUGUACAUGGAUAAAGGUGGUGUACGACAGGAAGUUAACGCAGGUACCGUGCCACACGAUAGGCCCGUGGAAACAGGACCUCGCCGUGGCCACGUAGAGGAGCAGGAUUCCCUGCAUCGUGAACUUGUCGAGAUUGAGCGUGAAAUAUCGAUCAUCCGAACUCUGCGUCAUAGCGGUUGCUCCCAGUUCGUGGAGGCGCUGCGCACCCCCGAGGAGUUUGUCAUUGUGAUGAAAAUGGGAAAGGGUUCUAUUGAUGCUUAUCAUUACCUCCGGUUGUAUGGGCCACCCUCCGAGGUACGCGCCGCUCUGAUGAUAUACCAGUUGAUGAAAACUGUCAACUACCUGCAGCACACAUGUGGAUUUAUUCACCGCGAUAUUAAACUGGAGAAUUUGCUCCUUUCUUUCGUAGAUGUAUCACCGGAUUGCAUUCGUCAGGCACUCAGUGCAGAUGGCUUGACGCAUCGGAGUAUGACAAGGGGUGGAGGAGAUGCAGAUGUAGUGGUAGAGGUGGAGGGAAAAGUGCCAGGCGACGAUGAUUUAGCGACGGAGACAGAGCUGGAGGGAUAUGUGGAGAACGCGGAUGAUGCGAACAAGCCGCGAAGUCGCUCACCGUCAGGCUGGGGUCCUGUUCCUGGUGGUGGGAACUCUGACGAUUUUGAGCGCCUGCUGAAAGUGACACUCAUUGAUUUCGGUCUGGCGCGCCGCACGACGAGGCGCAGCGAUAAGCACCGCAGCCGAGGUCAGCUGGAACCCAGCCAGAGUAGAUCUGCACCUUGCAACAGCAGCAGCUUCAACGUUCGGGUUGGCAUGCCUACCCCGAUGCCAUCGGCUGUUGAUAUGUUCGCAUCCGUGGAUAGCGAAAGCAGUUCCUGUGCGUCAAGCACGGACGUGUCUCCGUCAGAAACCUCCUCUGCGUCUUCCAUGGAUGACGUGGAGAGGGAGCGCAACUUUGACGACAACGAUGAUGUCGAUGCCAUCACCGGUAUAGGGGGAGGGAUGGACGGCCGCAGUGAGAUUUUGCAGGUGGUGUCGCUUAACGAUGCAGUGGACCCAUCCUCAGCUACCUCCAAUGCUACAGUCGAAUUGGCAAGCAUUCCUCGCCAGUUUGCAAUGGAGCUUGAUUCUCAGCGAGGUGAUGGUGGAAUGAGUUCUGCAGUAUCACCAUCAGCAUUGCCAUCGACAACAACAGUAGCAGUAAACAACUCCUUGGCGGAUGCCUCUUCACGUGCAUUGGACGACAUGCCACGCCGCCCCAUGGGACAAAGGUCUUUUUUUGCUAACGCAUCGCAGUCGGUAAGCAGCGCUCAAGCAGUUGUCUCUGUAGAUGGUGCUGAGCCACGCGUUCGCUCGUCGUGUGAUGAUCAACCGGAUGAUGGGGAUAUGCUGUUGUUUUUAACGCCAUGUGGGACGGACAAGUACCUUCCACCAGAGAUGCUGAGCUGGAUGGUGAACAACGGGUGGGAACGCAAACCCACCACUGUGCGGAUGGCACGCCAACUGGACGCGUACGCCAUAGGCAUCGUCACUUAUGUUCUACUCAGCGGCUGUUUUCCCUUCAAUGGAACAUCACGGGCGUCUAUGGCUCAACAGCAGAAGCGUUGCACUCCAAAAUGCAAUAGCCACCAUUGGGCACAAAUCAGUUCCAAGGCGAUAUCUUUUGUGCAGUCACUAUUGGAGCCGGAUCCAGAGGUACGAAGCAGUGUUGCUGAAGCGCUGGUGCAUCCCUGGAUGCGUCAUGCCGCGCAACUUGCGGAGAAACUCUCCCUUACUCCAGCCCCAGAGGAGGAGACGCAACAGAUGGGCAGUAUGGCAUCCGAUACCAACAGAUCAACUCUCAUGACACCGCAGUACUGCCCACCUGUUCAGCAGCAGCACCGUAGCACCCGGGGGGGCCACCCAGAAUAUAAUUCCUCCCUUGUUGCAGCUGAGAGCUGUGCACCAGUGCCGGGACCUAGAAGUCAUGAUGUUGCAAAGGACCAUGACCGCAACAGCAAUGCAAUUUCUCAGCUGUUAGUCCACUCUGUGGGCGGGACCAGGCCUUCCGCUAGAAUACCACAAGAUGUUGAAGAAAAUAGAAAAGAGGUGUCCACAAUACUAAGAGCAGCAGCAAGAACAAACAAGGGGGCGGACGGAAACAGUGUUUUCGGAUGCAUGUCAUCAUCCGCCCGCUCAUCCCAGGCGUCGAUAUCGCCAAAGGCUCCAAUGGUUACGGCCUCGUCGCUUCUCGCCCGAAUUGUCGCCACGCGAAGAUGUCUAAAAGAAGAUUCUACUCUGGCGAAUGGAUGCUUUGAUUUAGAGGCGCAAAGUACUCUGGGCAAUGAGGGAAACGAAGAAAAAAAAGAGAAGAAGGAGGAGGGGGGAGAGGAGGAGGACGACGACGAUGGCGAUGAUCCUUUCACACGCAUGUUUAAAACCGUUAUGUCCGAGCAUUAG